AUGGAGUUUUUGAGCAUGAUUGAGGACUGUGGUUUAACUGAUCUUGGUUACUAUGGUCCCAGAUACACCUGGUCAAAUGGCAGAGGUCCCUGUUCUAUUGUGUGGAAAAGGCUGGAUAGAGGUUUAGUCAAUGACAACUGGUUGGCCACCUUCUCUGCAACCACAAUCUCCCACCUGGAUUCUACAGGAUCUGAUCACUCUCCACUUCUCAUGGAUAUGAAUGUAAGGCCUGAUUCUACCAAGAAAUACUUCAAAUUCCUCAACUGUUGGACUGAGAAUGCAGCCUUCAUGCCUUUGGAAAAGCUCAGGAAAGCUGAGGAAGCAUGGGCUCAAUCUAACAGUGAAGAGGACAGGACUACCCUACAUGAAAUCAAUGCCCAGUACAUAAAACAUUUGAAGAUUGAGGAGUCUGUUCUCAAACAAAAAACACAGCUCCAAUGGUUCAAGGAUGGGGAUGCUAAUUCUAGGUAUUUCCACAGCUUGAUCAGACGGAGGAGGAGGAAGCUAUUCAUUCAUAAAAUCAAGGAUGAGGAGGGUCAGUGGUUACAAGGUGAUGAAACCAUUGGACAGGCUGCCUGUGAACAUUUUGAAGCCUUAUUCACUGAUCCAGGGGGAACUAUCAGAGAAGACUUACUAUCCUGCAUCUCUGCAAUGGUUACUCCAGAGGAUAAUGAGAUGCUUGCCAAAAUGCCUACAAUGGAGGAGCUCAAACAAGUGGUGUUUUCUAUGAACCCCAAUAGUGCAGCAGGUCCUGAUGGCCUUAAUGGCAAAUUUUUCCAAAAAUGCUGGGAAGUCAUUCAACAUGAUCUGCUUAAGGUUGUCCUUGCCUUCUUCUGUGGAAGCUCAAUGCCAAGGCACAUGACUCAAAAUUGCCCCAAUACUCCCCAGAAUCAUCUCAGCAAACCAUCUGGUUUUGUCAAAGGAAGAAGCAUAUCUGAGAACAUCAUGCUAGCUCAAGAAAUUGUACAGGGCAUUAAGAAACCAAACAUUGGUGCAAAUGUGGUUAUCAAGUUGUAUAUGGCUAAGGCAUAUGAUAGAGUGUCAUGGGCCUUUACUUGCAUCAUGAUGAGGAGGAUGGGAUUCAGUGAGUUCCUCAUUGAUAUGGUGUGGAGGACCCUGUCCAACAACUGGCUCACUCAUGACCAAUUUUUUAAUGGGUUCUAUAUGGAGAAAAGGGGUCCUCAGGUUAAUCACCUCAGUUUUGCUGAUGAUGUGAUCAUUUUCACAUCUAGAACCAGAUCUUCCCUGAAGAAAAUUAUGCAGAUUCUUGGGGAUUAUGAAGCCACAUCAGGGCAGUUAAUCAAUAAGACCAAAAGUCAUUUUAUGGUCUCACCUUGCGCAUUCCAAUACACUGUCAGGAGAAUUCAUCAAAUUACAGGGUUCUCAAGGAAAGAGUCUCCUUUAACCUACUUAGGGUGCCCCUUAUACAUUGGAAGAAGAGAAUCAUUCACUUCAACUGCAUCAGCUCUAAAGUGUCCUUACCAAUUCACCUCCUUUCCUGUCUCCCCUCCCAAAACUGUCCUUAAGCAAAUUGAAAGACUCACAGCUAACUUCUUCUGGGGCAUGGACAAAGAUAGAAAUAGAUACCACUGGGCUUCAUGGCAAAAAUUAUCCAAUACUCAGGAGGAAGGUGGAAUUGGACUCAGAUCAGUAGAGGAUGUCUGCAAAGCAAUGGAGUUCAAACAAUGGUGGACCUUCAGAACCAAACAGUCCCUAUGGUGCAGUUUCCUCCUUGCUAAAUACUGUCAGAGGUCACACCCAGUCUCCAAAAAAUGGGCUUCAGGCCAAUCUCAAGCAUGGAAAAAGAUGAUGACCAAUAAAAAAGAAGCUGAAAUCCAUAUCCAAUGGAGAUUACAUUCUGGUAAUGUCAGCUUUUGGUGGGAUAACUGGCUAGGAUCUGCAAACCUAGCUAGCUUCAGGGAAGGCACAGGUCAAUGGGAUAUUCAGAAGCUCAAUGCCAUAGCCGCCACUGCAAUGAUCCCUCAAAUUCUAAAUACCCCCAUUCAUUACAACCCUCAGUGUUUGGAUGUACCUAUAUGGAAGCCUAACACAUCUGGGAAAUUCACAUGUGCAUCUGCCUGGGAAGUUGUUAGAAAGAAGCAUCAGGUUCUACUCACCGACAAAUGUAUCUGGCACAAGAGAAUCCCAUUCAAGUGGUCAUUUGGACAAUGGAGAGCACUAAGGAACAAGCUCCCCACUGAUGACAGAGUUGCUAGAUUUGGUCCUCCAACUGUCAACAAAUGUGUUUGUUGUCGCCAACCUGCAUCAGAAACUGUUAAUCAUAUUUUCAGCAAUGGGAAUUUUGCUAGGGCUGUCUGGAAGCAUUAUGCAGCUCCAGUUGGUAUUCUCAACCCCAUGAACCUAAGCCAAAUCAUUGUGAAAUGGUGGAUGCAAACCACUGUUCAACAAGUUGUAUGGAACAAACCUGACCAAGGAUUUGUGAAGAUCAACAGUGAUGGUAGUGCCUUGUCAAAUCCUGGGAAAAUUGGUGCUGGUGCAAUCAUUAGAGGCAACAGGGGAGAGUUCAUCCAUGCAAUCACAACACCCUUAGGCACAGGAAGAAACAAUCUGGCUGAAAUUGAGGCUGCUUACCUGGGUAUUCAAUGGUGCAUUUCUAAUGGAUUCACUAAGCUCCAGUUAGAAUCUGAUUCAGCCCUUCUGAUUCAUUGGUUAAAAGAGGAAACAACACCACCCUGGACCCUGAUCAUGCAUAUCCAAAAAAUCAAGCAGGCCUGCAGACAAUUUGAAGUCAUCACCUUCAGUCACACCUAUAGGGAGGCCAAUUGCCCUGCUGAUUCACUGUCCAAACUCAGCCAUGAACUGGAAGCCCUUACUCAUUGCAACAGCAUCUCUGAAAUGCCCAGUCACAUCAGGGGACAAAUCUACAUGGACCAAAUUGGCACCCCUGCCUUCAGACACAAGGUCAUUGCCAAAAUCCAAAUCCCAACACAACUAGCGUCUACCUCUUCCCAUGGUUAUGGUUAA